AUGGCCGCUGCCACCGAACCAACUCGGACACUCCGACGCGCCACCUACGCGAAAGUACAGGACUUGACGCCCGGUUCCCACGGGCACAAUCUCGUGCUGCAAGUGGUCUCUGUCGCUCCUGUGGUCGAGAAGAAGCGCUACGACGGGACCGUCUCGCGCAUCGCCGAGGCCGUGCUGGCCGACGAGACGGGAUGCGUCACGUUUACCGCAAGAAACGAUCAGAUUGACGUGCUGAAGGAAGGCCUUGUGCUGGUUCUGCGCAAUACGAACGCCGACAUCUUUAACGGAUUUAUGCGGCUGAACGUGACGCAAUGGGGCAAAUUGUCGGUGCAUCCGGACACCGUGGCCUCGACGCCUGCCCCGCCUCUCAGUAUCAAUACGAAGAACAACGUGUCGGCCGUUGAAUACGAACUGGUCACGGUGAAUGACGCCGACGAAUAG